UCGUAUUCGCACUAAUGUUUUGUUUAGUGUAAAUCUAAGUUUUAACGCAAUAUUUUGCUCUAAAAUAUGGAGAAGUAUGAUACUUCCCAGCUCACAGAGUUUCCUCGUUUCGAGUCUGAGUCGAAUCAAAGUGGCGUGACAACGUUUUUAAAUAAAUUAUGGAAAUUCCCUAUAUUUACACCCAGUGAAACUGCGGAUGGUCAAGAUAAUAAAACUCUUAGUGACGAUAAACACAGUGAAUCUGGCAAAGUCAAUGACGAUAAGGAAUAUGAAGAUAUUAAAACGGAAACCGGGAAUGAUGUUGUUGAAUAUGAAGGCAGGAGCUUACCAAAUAUUUUGAAACGAAUUAGCGGCCUUGCUGCUUUAGGUUCAGGGGGUGGCACCAAAUAUGAAGACACAGAAUUAGCUCGCUACUGGAUGCCGGACGAUAUCUCGCGCGAAUGCUACGAAUGUGCGGCACGAUUUAGUGCUUUGAGAAGAAGACACCAUUGCCGUGUGUGUGGGCAGAUCUUCUGUUCACGUUGUUGCAGCCAAAGAGUGCCAGGUCAAAUAUUUGGUUGUGCUGGAGGUUUAAGGGUAUGCACGUACUGCUGUAAGGUGGUGCUUACAUAUCUGCGAGAAAACGACAUGACUGGAGACAUUUCACCAGACCUUCGUACUUUACAAGAGAGUUUACAGGUUAAAUUCCCAGACAGUAAGGCCCAACACAAGAAUCGUGAUUUCAUUUUCGCCCGAGAACAGGAGCCUUGUGAAGUGCGCAGCUCGACUAGAGAAUCUAUACAUGAUGUAUUCAGGCAACUGUACUUUGCAGUGCCGACCCAACAGCACAGAUUUCGUCUCGUACGAUACAAUAACGUCUGGCGUGGCUGUGACGUCCUGCAGUGGGUGAUUGACAAUACUUCGCACAAAACCAGAGCCCAAGCGACAGUUUUGUGCCAGAGCCUUCUAAACAAUGGCUACAUGGAGCGCAUGACGGAGCCCGCGCAGUUUGCAGACUACGGCCUCUAUCGUCCCAUACAACUAGCACAAGAAAGCGAAACCAAUGAUCCGCCACCGGCCGAUGCCGAAGACUGCAGCAGCAGGCUCGUUGAAAGCGUGUCUUCGUAUUGUCUCGAUCUAAAUCUUGGCAACAGCUCAGCGAGACUGAUCAAGGCCACUAAAACAGAACAAAAAUCAACGCCAUCUAGUGAUGAUGAACAACCCAUGCUGGACCAUACUGAAACGGCGGCAGAGGGCGGCAAGGCGCCGUGCCGCGCCAUCGCGGAGUCGGGCGAGGAGCACCUGCGGCUGCUGAUGCGGCAGUGGCUGGCGCGCGACGCGCUGCCGGCGGCGUGGCUGGGCGCGCUGUACCCGCUGUGCGUGCAGGCCGCCGACCUCACCGUGCCCGAUAUGAUGAGCAAUGACAUCGACGUACGAAACUACGUGCAAGUAAAGAAAGUGCCCGGCGGUAAUAUGACGGACAGCUGCGUCAUACCCGGAGUCGUCAUGACCAAGAAUGUUGCCCAUAGAGGGAUGCCUAAGCAGAUUUCGAAUCCGACAGUGCUGCUUCUAGAUUGUUCCAUAGCGUACCAGAGAGUGGAAGGAAAGCUCACCUCCCUGGAACCACUUCUAAUGCAGGAGCACGAGUACCUGUCGCGCUGCGCGGCGCGCGUGGCGGCGCUGCGGCCCGACGUGGUGCUGGUGCGCGGCGGCGCGGCGCGCGCGGUGCAGGACGCGCUGCGCGCGCGCGGCGUGGCGCUGGCCACGGCCGUGCGCGAGCGCGCGCUGGCCCGCGCCGCGCGCUGCGCCCGCGCCGACCGCGUCGCCUCCAUCGACGCGCGCAUCGGCGCGCCGCGCCUCGGCUCCUGCCGCAACUUCUACGUGCGCAACUUUUCCAGCAAGACGCUCAUGGUUCUCGAGGGCUGCGCGGAACCUCAGCUGGGAUGCUGCAUCCUACUCAGAGGCGGAUCCUUGCAGGAGCUAAUUCGCGUGAAGAGAAUCGUCAAAUUCAUGUUGUUGGCCUGUUACAAUUGGAAAUUGGAAAAGGCGUUUUGGGGUGACAUAGAGGCCGUGUUGCCCGAGCCGGGAACUUUUAUCGACGACGAAACGCCUAACGAGCUCACGGAUGAUGUAGACGAAACGCUAAAAAAAGACUUGAUCACUAAAGACGAUAACGAUGACAGCAAGUCGAGUAACGAUACAUCGGAAACGGACGAUAAUAUCUUCGGAAAUACUCAAACUGAAUCUCUCACUGAAGCGAAAACGAAUGAAAAUGUAGUUGAAUCGUCUAAUAACGAAGCUGAAUCUCAUGAAAAGUCUGAUAAUAUAACAGAAACGAAUGACGAAAACAAACCAAAUGAUGCCGAAAUGAAUAAAGCAUCGGAAAUAGAUGAUCCGUUGCAAAAAUCUAAACAGUUCGCGCGUAAAACGGAUAGCGAUAAGAAUCUAAGCUGCGGUGUUCCGAUCAAAGAUUUCAGCGAUCCCCUUCAAUCUAGGAUGUCUAUAGAUGAUGACGUUUUCCUGCCGAAGGAAGAGGCUAAGCUGAAAGCGGACACGCAUAGCGAAAGAUGGUGCACGGACGACGUGGUGCUGUCCAUGUCCCCCAACAUCGUGAUCCCGGCGCCCGCGCUGCGCCUGCUGCCCGCGCGCGCGCCGCCCGCCGCGCCCGCGCCGCGCGCGCCCGCGCCCCCCCCGCGCGCACCUAUUCAUGAUAAUUUUGUACAGGCGAACCAUCCAUUCAUCGACCGACCAAUAACAGCGCCUGCGGACGACCCCGCGCUGAGAGCGUCUCUUGCACACUUCCGUGCCACGGGCUGUCGGUUGGCGGCCGAUACACAUAAACCGGGAUGCCCCAGAUACAAUCCGUCCGUGGUGAAGAAGAUAGAAGCGGUAGAGUCAAGCAAGCCUACCGAGCCAGAACCACUGGAUCCGCUGUCCCCUGAGAACCACCAGCGCCUGAGCCUGUUGCUGUACAGCUACAGUAGCAAGUCGCCCAACGUGCCCGACUUCUGCGUUAAUCCCUGGAUUGUGACGAUGGAAAUGUACGGCCGGAAUGACAUAUCGCUGGGCGCCUUCUUGGAGAAGUACUGCUUCAACGGUGACCACAAGUGCCCUUCGGCUAACUGUCACAUACCGAUGAACCAGCACGUCAGGAAAUUUGUGCACGAGGACGUCUGCAUAACGAUAACUUGUAAUACGAUCGGACACAGCAACGUAGAUAAAGCUAAGGAGGAACAGAGUAAGCACGUGACGUUCUGGUCGCGCUGCGAGCGCUGCGGCGGCGUGUCGCGCGGCUCGCGGCUGUCGCGCGCGGCGCUGCGCGUGUCGCUGGCGCAGUACGUGCGCACGCGCCUGGCCGCGCCGCGCUACGCGCGCUCGCUGUGCGCGCACCCGCUGCACGCGCACUCGCACGCCUUCGUCAGCCGCCUCACCACCGCCUGCUUCCGGUACAACAAGAUCUCGACGUACGAGGUGCAGCUGCCGCCCGAGGUGAUCGCCAUCAACUACGACACGCGGCAGAUGCGGGAGGCGCUCAUCGCGCAGCUCAACGACCUCAUGCUCAGAGGUCACGAGACGUUCAGCAACGCGACGGACCCCGAGAGCGAGAAGGCGUACACGUCGUUCAAGCUGCACAUGGAGCAAGUGCAUCUCGCACUCACCACACACGAGCACACCUCGCUGGCUGAGCGCGUGCGCAAGCUGUGGGGCGUGCAGGACUGCGUGGUGUCGGCCGAGAAGAUGCUGCGGGACGCGCACCGCCCGCGCCCCGCAGACCUCGUGGAAGAGAAACCGGAUUUAGAGGAAAUGACAGAAACUUCUAGCAACGAUGUUGCAGAAAAUCUACUAAAAGAUUCGGAUAAGGAACAUGCCGGUACCGAGGAAGACGAAGAACGAGGAGACAAAAAGACCGUCAAACAAAUACUGUCACAGCUUCUCUCCAACAAUCAUCCAUCCAAUCAGGAGGGCAUCAUCGUGUCGAGCGGGCUGGUGGUGGUGUCGGUGCGCGCGGGCGACGUGGGCUCCGUCAUCGCCGCCGCGCUCGCCUCGCCCACCUACCAGCGCUCGCUGCAGCACAGAAGCCAAAGCGACUGCGACGAUGGUGAGAACUCAACUGGCAAAGAGAAAAGCGAAGCGGACAAGGCUAAAGCGAAAGCGAACGAGCACAUUGAAGUCUUACUGAAGGAUGGUCUUCUCUGUCGGGUGUACUACGCGUCCCAGUUCCACAAGUUGAGGCACAUGUUGCUGGCGCCCCUCGAUUACAACGAGGAGAAUAAACAAUACUGGGAGGAGGGGAAGUGUUGUGAGGACCUCAAAGACAAGGACAAUAAAGGAUUAUGUGAAAUCGAAGAAGGGUUCAUACGGUCGCUCGCACACUGCGUGCCGUGGGCGGCCAGAGGCGGUAAAUCGGGGUCUACGUUUAACAAAACGAAAGAUGACCGAUACGUCCUGAAGGAGAUGACCAAGCCGGAGUGGCAGCAGUUUCUCGAAUUCGCGCCGCACUACUUCAACUACGUGACCAACUGUCGCCAGAAAAAGUUGCCAAGCUUACUCGCGCGCAUCCUGGGCGUGUUCAGCGUGGGCGGCGGCGGCAGCGGCGUGCUGGUGACGGAGCACGUGUGGUACGGCCACCCCGUGGCGCAGCGCUUCGACCUCAAGGGCGCCGCCCGCCCGCGCAUGCCCGCCGCGCCCCAGCCCGCCGCCACCGCCGUGCUGCUGGACGACCACCUGCUGCGCAUGCGCUGGGAGCAGCAGCUGUUCGUGGGCGGGCUGGGCGCUCGCGCGCUGUGGGCGGGCGUGGAGCGCGACACGCGCUUCCUGGCGGACCACGGCGUCAUGGACUACUCGCUGCUGCUGGGCCUGCACGCGCGCACGCUGGUGCUGGGCGUCAUCGAUUACAUCCGCACGUUCACGUGGGAUAAGAAACUGGAACAUCUCGUGAAGAAGAACCUGGGCUCCGGUCAGCCUACCGUAGUCUCGCCAGAGCAGUAUCGGCGCCGGUUCUGCACAGCGUGUCGCAAGUACUUCCUGCACUGUCCGGCGCACUGGGAGCCGCUCUAUGCGCCCGACCGCAUCUAGGAGGCAGUCGGCACUUCGAUCAGCUAGUACUACGGGUGUUAACUAAAAGGGAAUAUCGAAAAUGCGAUAGAUUUAUUAAAAUCUCUAUUUAAUCGGAAGGCCGAAAUAUUCGGUUUGAAAUUCGGACCGAAAUUUGGAUUUCAAUAUUUCAUAGUCGUCGUUCAGUAAUGCUGGGACCACACUAAAGUUUAAUUAUUGAGUUACCGUUAGUUAUCCGUUUAUUAGUGUAGAAACUUAACGUGCUAUUUUUGUAAAGUAAUUCAGAAGCCGUAGCCUUAAUUUAAUUACAUACUUAAGUGGUCACACAGUGAUCAAGACGCGCGUGCAUGAUUAGAAAUUUACCUUAGUGUGGGGUAACGCUUAUGGUUACUACUAUGACUUCCCAGUGGUCCCAAUAUAAGAAAUAAUAGCAUAAUUCAUUUUUAAAAUAAACUCACAAAAUUUAAUAUUCUUUAUUAAAUAUUUAUAAAUAAAUAAAAAAAAAUCUUUGAGUUCCUUAUUAAUUAACCAAAGUCAAUUUAAAAGAAGAAAAAGAUUAAGAGACAUCCAGUAGCAUGGCUUAGAUAAUUUUUUUUUUCUCAAGGGUCAAUUUGGUGCCCUUUUAUAUAACAACAAACGUGAACACAAUGUGACAAAACCUUUAAAGAUAAAUAUACAUAACAAGACCUAUCUCUAUAGUAAUUUCGUAAAAUACCGUGGGUCUCGUCAAAAGACAAAUCAAACAAAAGAAAAAACCAUCAAAUAUGACGUAAAUACCGUCUAUUUUUUGUAAGUACCACACCAUAAAAUUAAACUGGUUUUAAUUUUUUAUAUAUGUUUACCAUUUCACGAAAUCAUACUUAAGUAUACAGACAUAAAAAAUAGGUUUAUGAUAUUAAUAGUUAUUAUAUUAUAUUAUUUAUUCUUUUAUGAUUUUCGAAUUUAUUUUAAUCGAUUGCAUGUUGCAAGCUUAUUUUCUACUUAUUAAGUAAUCAAUAUUUUACAU